AAGAUAGACAAGAAAUAACGAGAGAGAGAGAGAGAUGGUUACGAACGGAGAAAAUGUUAGCAUUCCGGCUGAAACGGGAAUCCUUCGCCGGUUGGCUGACUUCCCGGAAGACAUAUGGAGUCAUCGGUUUCAUUUUGAUACACUUGCCGGAGAUAUGCAGAUGUUCAUGGAGAUGUAUGCGGAAGAAAUUGAGUUACUGAAGGAAGAAGUUAAGGUUAUGAUAAAUGAUGCAAGCAGUAAAGUGGAGGAAAAACUGAAAUUGAUUGACACAGUGGAACGAAUUGGGAUUUCGUAUCAUUUUGGUAGAGAAAUUGAAAUUCAACUGAAGAAAAUAUUAGCUCAUCGGCAAGCCAACUAUGAAGAAGAAUUUUCCAGCUCAUAUGACUUGUUCACAGCUGCACUUCAUUUUCGCCUAUUCAGGCAACGUGGCUUCAAUAUUUCUUGCGGUAUCUUUCACAAGUUCUUGGAUUCUAAAGGUAGAUUCAAAGAAAGUCUUUGCAAUGACAUGAAAGGCUUACUCAGCCUGUACGAAGCAACUCAAGUAAGAACUCAUGAAGACAUCAUUUUAGAUGAGGCCUUUGAUUUUGCAAUCAUUCAUCUGAAACAUGGGAUUCAACACAUGAGUUGUAAUCUUGCCAAACAAGUGAAAUAUGCCAUCACACAGCCACUUCACAUGUGUAUCCCAAGAGUUGUGGCUCGUCGUAACAUCUCAAUCUACGAAGAACAAAGUGAAUCCCCAUGCAUGAAUCAAUCACUUCUCAGGCUUGCCAAGUUGGAUUUCAACUUUCUACAACUCUUAUACAAACAGGAACUCAGUGAGAUUUUCAGGUGGGCCGAGGAGUCAGAAAUCAUAUCUAAACUUCCUUAUUCGAGAGCAAGGCUUGUUGAAAGCUAUUUAUUUGGUCUAGGAAUGUUCUAUGAACCUUGGCAAUCUUUCGGCCGAAUCAUCUCUGCAAAGACUACACUCCUCAUUACAGCAAUUGAUGACACUUAUGACUCUUAUGGCACUCUUGAUGAACUACAAACUUUCACAGAUUCCAUUGAAAGGUGGGAUUUUGAGGAGAUGGAUCGUCUUCCGCAGUUCAUGAGAACUUCGUACGAAGCUCUUUUAGAUGUAAGCGAAGGAGUUGAAAAAGAACUGAAUAGACAAGGAAGGUUGUUUGCAUCAAACAAGUACAAAGAAGAGUGGAAAGAGUAUGCAAGAAAGAGCUACAUCGAAGCCAAAUGGUUUCUCAGAAGACAAUUGCCAACAUUUCCAGACUACCUCAAAAAUGGGUUGACCACAAGCUUAUGUUAUCUCUUAAUACCCACAGCUUUAUUAGCAGUUGAGAAUGCCACACAAGAAGUGUACGAUUGGCUCGCAGAUUAUCCCAACAUUCUUGUUUCUGUAGCCAAAAUAUGCCGCUUGUCUAAUGACAUUGGCUCUCAUGAGCGUGAGAAACAAAUAGGUGGCACUGGGAUAGAAUGUUACAUGAACCACUAUGGUGUGAUGGAGCAUGAAGCGAUGGCUAAGUUUGAAGAUAUUGUUGAGAAUGCAUGGAAAGAUGUGAACGGAGAAUGCCUGAAAUUGGAUUCCAAUAUUAUAAAAAGUGAAACUCUUACCAGAUUUUUGAACUUGGCCCGCAUAGUUCAUGUUUUCUACGAGCAUCGAGUCGAUGGAUUCACCAACGCACGUCAAGUUCUCGAACAACAUAUAGUUGCAUUGCUUGUGGAUCCAAUAAUACUCGUUGCACCAAGUAAUUAAUGACUAAAAUUACUUGUAUUAUAAUUUAAACAUUUGUAGAAAGAUUUGGAUUUUAGUAGUUUAAUCUUUUGUUUAUGAUUUUCUACAAUUCCAUUUUAAUAAAGAAUGUACUUUCAAAACCUUUUCAAGUUGAAGGUGAG